AUGGUGUGCAAAUGUAAAAGCCUGCUUGCAGUGCUCCUUGUGCUGCUGCCACUUAUCGGGUAUUCUAGAGGAGCAUCGGAGGAGGAAACCGAUGAUAUUAUAAUUGAAUUGCCCAAUUUGGGUAAAAUACAAGGAAAGACAGUUGAAACGGCAUGGACCCAAAGAGAGGUUGUACAGUUUGUCGAUGUCCGCUAUGCUGAAUCACCUUCUGGAAAGUACAGAUUUAAGGCACCACGUCCCGUGGAACCCUGGGAUGAUGUUAUGGAUGCCACUGCUGCCAAAAUUGGUUGUCCUUCAAUUGUGGCCAUGGAAUCGUUGCGAAAACUCGAUGAUUUUAUUGAUAUUGAAGAUUGUCUGACCAUGACCAUAACUACUCCUAGCGUCAAUGGUAGUUAUCCGGUUUUAGUUUACAUACAUGGCGAAUAUUUCUUUGAAGGCAGUAAUUCGGAAGCCCCACCAGAUUACCUGUUGGAGAAGGAUAUCGUAUUAGUCGCCCCCCAAUACCGCUUGGGUCCUUUUGGAUUUUUGUCCACAAAGACAGACGAAAUCCCUGGCAAUGCUGGUGUUUUGGAUAUAUUUCUAGCUUUGCAAUAUAUUAAAUACUUUAUCAAAUACUUUGGUGGAGAUCCGAAUAAGGUCACUGUGGCUGGUCAAGUGGGUGGUGCAGCUAUUGCUCAUCUUUUGACGCUUUCACCAAGGGUGGAGAAGGGUCUAUUCCAUCAGGUUAUAUAUCACUCAGGUUCGGCUUUAAUGCCCAUCUUCAUAGAGGACAAUCCACGCAAAUUUGCCCAAGAAAUUGCCGCGAAAGGAGAAUGUACCUUGGCCACUGUGGGCGAUUUGAAUAGGUGUUUAAUGGAUAUGUCACCAAUGGAACUUUUGGAAGCAUUUAUGGAACAUGGUAUUGAAAAAUCGGAUUUGGGUGUCGGUCAUACUGGCGGUAUACAAUUUACAAUCGGUGGUCCUAGUGGAGUAUUACCCGAACAUCCAUACGAUUUGAUGCUGAAGAGUAAUUUUUCUUAUCCAGCCAUGGGUGGUUGUCCUAAAAAUGCCGGUUCAAAGACCGUAAAUGAAAUUGUUGAAAAUGAUUUUGAAGGAAAAAUACCCGAUGAUACCUAUACAAGUUUCGAUUAUAUUGACCAUGUUAUACGUCAAGCUGUGGGUACUGAUAAAACAAUGCUGCUGACCAGCUUUAUUACACAUGAUUUCUUCAAUCGCCGGCUCAUGGAGAAUGGUACCUUUGCCACUCUUAUACCCAGACUUAUUGAUGUGGCCGGUACUCUUUUGCACAAACUGCCUGUGCUAUUGGCUUUGAAUAUGAACAACAAACAUGUUCCCCACAACACGUUCCUCUAUUCGUUCGAUUAUGCUGGAGAAUUCAAUCGCUAUCGGGACAUGGACGAAGAACAUAAUAUGCAGAGUCCUUUCAAAGCUGGGGUAUCGCUUACAGACGAAGCUUUAUACCUAUUCCCAUAUCCAGAUCAUGUACGCAAGCUUAGCCCACCCGAUGAAGCCAUGGCCAAACGUAUGGUAGAAUUGUGGACAUCAUUUGUUAUUGAUGGCCAUCCCUUUGGAAGUCAUCGUAGUGGUUACUGGCCUCCCAUGACAACUUUGUAUGGACCCUAUGCUAAGUUGGACGAAACUUUAACCAUUGCUGGGAAUUAUUUCAAAGAGUUUUCGGCCACGACGUUGGAUGAAGAACAAGGUCAUAGUUUGAUAAGAGAAGUGUACUAUUUGCGUAGAAAUCAUUCACGAAAACAUCCGCGACGAACAACGAAAAUAAAUCCUCGCCGAAGGUUUACGAUAAACCGCCACAGACUUGUGAGUGAACCAAGUCGCAGUGCUACUAACAACUCGGCGGUUCAUGUGGGUAAAUUUGUAACCAAAAAUAGUUUAGUAAGAAGGCAUCCAAAUAGAAAUAAAGUUAUUUAUAGACAUUAGGA